UUGUUGAUACUUGAUGUUGAUAGUAGUUGUAGUUGUUGAUGUUCAAUAUUUUUUGCAUUUCACAACAACUUUAUUGUUCCAAGAGAAUAGAAGUCCCAAGUCAUUUACCAAUAAUUACAAAUCCAAUUUAAUUCAAGAAAAAAAUAGAAAAUUCGAAAAAAAUGACUCAAUUCAUAGAAGAAUUCUCAUCGGAUGAAGUUGAAUUGAUCUCUAGAGAAUUUAAACGUCUUGGGGAAAACACUUAUCUCGACCAUGCCGGAACGACUUUAUAUUCCGAAAAACAAAUAGAAUUUGCCGAAAAAGUAUUAAAAGAAAAUCUAUUUUGCAAUCCCCAUACUUGCAAGGUUACCGGUGAUUUGGUUGAUCAAGUUCGAUUCAGAAUCCUUAAUCAUUUCAAUACAAAUUCUAAUGAUUAUGCUGUAGUCUUUACUGCCAAUGCUACUGCAGCUCUGAAAUUAGCUGGAGAAUGUUUCAAUUUUGGUGAUAGUGGCAGAUUCUAUUACUGCCAAGAGAAUCACACAUCAGUUCUGGGAAUGAGAGAAGUUGUCCGAACUGAUGAUAUAUUUGUACUUACAAAAGAUGAUCUUUUAGAGAAUUUAAAUGAGAAUGGAAAUAACCGCUCGUUGGAAGUGAAAGGCAAUUCAUUGGUCGCCUUUUCAGCUCAAUGCAAUUUCAGUGGUUAUAAGUUGCCAUUGAGUCUAAUUUCAGCUAUUCAGGAAAAUGGUUUAAAGUCUCAUGGAACAAGAGUUCGUGGAAAGUUAUCAGACUUGGACAAUAGCAAUUUCUAUGUUUGUCUAGAUGCAGCUUCAUUCGUUGCAACAAACUUCUUGGAUCUUAACAAAUACCCAGCCGAAUUUGUAUGUGUUUCCUUUUACAAAAUCUUUGGCUAUCCCACAGGUGUUGGAGCCUUAAUAGUCAGCAAACGUGGUCAACAGCUAUUAAAGAAAUCCUAUUAUGGUGGAGGAACUGUUCAGAUCUCAAUGACUAUGGAAGAUUUCCAUGUAAAACGAAAUGGAUUCACUGAUCAUUUCGAAGAUGGAACACUUUCAUUUCUAGGAAUAGCCAAAGUCCUUGAAGGAUUUAAGACUCAUGAAAGAUUGAUAACUCGUCGAGAUGGUCUUAAGCCAAUUCAAAGGAUAUCGAAUCAUGUCUUUCAACUGGCAAAGUAUUGCUAUGAUUUUCUCCGUCAAUUAAAACAUCCCAAUGGCCAGCAACUUAUUCAAUUCUACAAUCAUACAAAUUUUAACAGCGUCCAAGACCAAGGAGGCAUAAUAACCUUCAAUAUUCUUCAUGAAGAUGGUUCUUAUGUAGGUUUCGCUGAAGUAGCAUGUAUAGCUGCAGUUUUUAAUGUCCAACUGAGAACAGGUUGCUUUUGUAAUCCUGGUGCUUGUCAGAAUCAUUUGAAACUGACAAAUGAUGAUAUUCGAAAGCAAUUCAAAGCUGGACACAUUUGUAGCGAUUACAAUGACUUGAUUGAUGGACUGCCAACAGGUGCUGUUCGAAUGUCUUUCGGUUACAUGACUCGCAAAAAAGAUGUUGACAAAGCUCUAAAGAUGAUUGCCGAUUGUUAUUUAAGUGGUAGCAGUCAACGAUUGGAAUUGAUGGAGAAAUGUAAAUCACUUCCCAGAGCUUUGGAACAUAUUCCUAGACGUUUAAAAAAGACGACAUUAAAGAAGAUUUGCAUAUAUCCUGUAAAGAGUUGUGGAUCUUUUGAGAUCAAGGAUAGUUGGGAAAUAACAGAGCGAGGGUUUAAAUACGACAGGAAUUGGAUGAUUGUUGAUGCAAAUGGCAUGGCAGUCACUCAGAAAACCCACACUAGAAUGUGCUUGAUAAAGCCAAUAAUUGACAUUGAAGCUGGAACUUUAGAGUUGACAUUCCCGUACAUGAAGUCUAUUCGUGUUCUACUUGAUGAUACUGUUGGGAAUCUUGAGGGGAAAUCAUUAGUAUCACCUCUCUGUCAGAGCAAGGUCUGUGACGACAUGGUAGAGGGUUUAGAUUUAGGAGAUGAGGUAGCAGAAUGGAUUAGCGAUUGCUUGGAAUGCACUGGCAGUCGUUUGGUUCGACAGAGUGCAGAUAGAAAAACCAAGAAUGGUGAAAACAAAGAUUUAAACCUUGUUAAUCAAGGACAAUUUCUUUUGUUAAACAAAACUUCUGUUGAAUGGUUAGCCUCUAAAGUUGAAUCGGAGCAAGAAGACAUUGAUACGACUAUUGAUAGAUUCCGAGCGAAUCUAAUAAUUGAAACACCGUUACCAUUAGAGGAAAACCAAUUUGAAGAAAUUACUAUUGGAGGUAUUCAAUUCAAAGUGGAUGGAUUUUGCAAACGAUGUCAAAUGAUUUGUAUUGAUCAACGUUCAGGGCAGAAGACAAUGGAACCUUUAAGAACGAUUGCUAAGGAAUUUAAGGGGAAAAUUCAAUUUGGGAUUUAUGUAUCUUUGAUUGGGUUUAAAAAUAAUGCAUUUAUUUCAUGCAAAGAUGAUAUAAAAACUAAAUUAAAAUAA